AUGAACACAGAACCACGCACCGGUGUCCAGCUCGAGCGUGAGCGGGUCACCUGCUUGCUCCUCAUCAAUACCCAACUCAUGAAAAAGGCUAUAAACUUAUAUGUCAACAUUCUUACAAAUCAACAAGCUCUUCAGCUGCUCCCGCCUCAGAACAAACAGUCGAUAAUUGAGCUGUAUCAAAAUUGUACCCGUAGACUUCAUUGCAAUUUAGCAGUUCUUUCAACUGUGCACGAGAAAUACCACUCGACCGUGCCUCUGCUGGCUCAACCAAACAAACCUCAGUUUCCAGUCAUCAUGUCGGCUCCACCAGAUAUGCCAGAACUCAACCAACUUUACACCAAAUUGCAAGAAUUAUAUCCAGAUGCGGUCCGGUUCUUGAAGAUGAAAUACCAGCAGUUGCGCAAACAGGCUCAGGGGUCGCCGGUGGGUCAGAUGCCUGGAAUGCAAAACAUGCAAAACAUGCCUCAAAAUACCCAAAGUAUGCCGCAAAAUACCCAAAACAUGCCACAAGGUAUGGCUCAAAAUAAACCACAAGGUAUGCCGCAAAACAUUCCCCAGAACAUGCAAAACAUGUCGAAUAUGCUGAACAUGUCGAACGUGCCAAUGCCUCAAAACAUCAUGCAACAAACACCCACCUACUCGCCGGCUCUAUCCCAGGCUCUGCAGCCCGCCAUGACACCCAGUAGCGCCACUUUUGGCGGCGGAAAUAAAGACGACUUUAUGAUGCCUUCGCAGCAGUCGCAGUUUUCGGGCUUUAAUCCACAGGCAGUGAACUCGGGCUACCAGAACGUAUCGCAAGAACCUCAGAUGCUGGCCAUGUCGCCACAGCAGAUACUCCAGCAGGCCAAUACCGGGACCAUGGACUUCUACUCGUGA